AUGGUGCUUAAGUCCAUCUGGGGGCGCUCCUCUGGGAUCCUCACGGACUCUAUUGUCGCUGUCUCCGACGGGUCUGAGGAAGUGCACCCAGGCACCUCCUAUGUACUUCCUUUUCUGGCCCAGCCUCUUUCUUUCUGUGCUGCUAGCGCUCCCGCAAACAUGGUGAACGUUCCUAAAACCCGCCGAACUUUCUGCAAGAAAUGUGGCAAGCACCAGCCCCACAAAGUGACACAGUACAAGAAGGGCAAGGAUUCCCUGUAUGCCCAGGGAAAGCGGCGUUAUGAUAGGAAACAGAGUGGCUACGGGGGGCAGACUAAGCCUAUUUUCCGCAAAAAGGCUAAAACUACAAAGAAGAUUGUGUUGAGGCUUGAGUGUGUGGAGCCCAACUGCAGAUCUAAGAGAAUGCUGGCUAUUAAGAGGUGCAAACAUUUUGAACUGGGAGGAGACAAGAAGAGAAAGGGCCAAGUGAUCCAGUUCUAAGCUGAUUUUGUAAUGAAGACAAUAAAGUCAUGAGUUACUUCA